UGUGCCAGGCGGGGCGGGGCGCGGGCAGGGAGGACGCAGGCUCCUUCCCAGAAGCAAAAGCGGAAACAAAAGAGUCUCGCCGGCGUCCCCGCCCGCACACUCGCACACUCGCGCUCGGGCGCACACUGUACAGGCACAGGCGCGCGCAGCAAGCCAGCGAACGGCGAGCCGGGGACCCACCGGGCUGAGCCAGCCAAGCAGCCAGCGAGCCGAGCCCGCGACCGUCCCACGCCCCCGAGCCCGCAGCCGCCCCCCGCUGGCCGGUGUCCCCGCGGCCCUCCCCGACCCAUGGCGCUGAAGCGGAUUCAGAAAGAAUUAAGUGACCUGCAACGUGAUCCACCUGCGCACUGUUCAGCAGGACCUGUGGGAGAUGACCUGUUCCACUGGCAAGCAACUAUUAUGGGGCCUCCUGAUAGCGCAUAUCAAGGUGGAGUCUUCUUUCUCACUGUACACUUUCCGACAGACUACCCUUUUAAACCACCAAAGAUUGCUUUCACAACAAAAAUUUACCAUCCAAACAUAAACAGUAAUGGAAGUAUUUGUCUUGAUAUCCUGAGGUCACAGUGGUCACCAGCUCUGACUGUAUCAAAAGUUUUAUUAUCCAUAUGUUCUCUACUUUGUGAUCCUAAUCCAGAUGACCCUUUAGUACCAGAUAUUGCCCAAAUCUAUAAAUCAGACAAAGAAAAAUACAACAGACAUGCAAGAGAAUGGACUCAGAAAUAUGCAAUGUAAAUUCAAAAAUUUUUUCACAAAUACCAGAGUACUGUAAAAUCUAGGUUUUUUUUCAAUAUUAGCAGUAAAUUGAGCACUGUUUACUGUUUCAGUGUACCACGAAACACUUUGAUUUUUUAACCAUUUUAAAUGUGUUUCUGAAGCAAGACAAAACAAACUUCCAAAAAUACCCAUAAGACUGUGAUGAGAGCAUUUAUCAUUUUGUACGCAUUGAGGAGGACAUUUACUGUGGUUUUUAAGAUCCUUGGACAUCUGCGUCUUCAGCUUAACAAGAUCUACGAUGCAGCUGAAAGGCAACCAAAUUAUUUUUUGCUGAAACUAGAUGUUUUUACAUGAGAAAUACUGUAUGUGUUGUCUAAGAUGUUGUCAGUUUUCUAAAUCUGUCUUCAGAUUUCAUUCUGUUAGCUCACUUUAUAAUUUGUAUUUUUUUACUGUAUAGAUGAAAUAUAUUCUAUUUACCAUGUGCGUCAACUCAUUACUUUGCCUGUGAACAGUAUUGAAGAAACCCAACAGCUGAUAAUUAAAUGGAUUAAUUGUCUGUCUCCCUUAUAUUAGGAUAUUCUAUAGAUUGAGCGAAGAUUUCUUCAACCUGAAAUGAUCUUUACACUGUAAUUCUCAGUAUACUGAUUAUGGAGAAACACUUGUUUUGAUUUUGUUAUACUUGACUUAACUUUAUUGCAAUGUGAAUUAAUUGCACUGCUCAGUAGGAAGAUGUGUAACUUUUAUUGCUAUUCACAUUUGAAUUUUUUUCUGUAUAGGCAAUAUUGACACCUUUUACAGAUCUUACUGUAGCUUUUUCCAUAUAAAUAAAAUGCUUUUUCUACUAUUUGUCUUGAUUACUUAUAUGAAAAGAAAAAUCAUCUCUAAGUACGGAUCAAAACUCUGUAUUAAAAUUUUGCAUGAAAUUUAAUUACAAAUUGUGAGAAUGAGGCCUGUUGUAUUUGGCAUUAAUCAUCAUUAAUUGUGUAAAUUUUAUUAUUUUAGGGUAGUGUCUCUUUACCAGAUUGUCAGUCUGUAAGACGAUAUACACUGUUCUCUUGUCAUAGUGGAGAAUUUAGAGUAAAUUGGGGUUUGUCUUGGAUCACAUCUAAGAUGGAUUUAUUAUAGUAAUGAAAUGAAUGUAAGGCAGUGUCACGCACGCUGAAGAAAAGUCUUUAUCAACCUAAAGAAUAGCUAGGUUAAUUAAAAUGCCCCUCUAGAUGUAACUGGCAUAUUUGUAAAAAUUUUUAAAGCUAGAAUUUCUAAAAUAGAAUUCUAAUGCCAUCAUAAUCUGAAUGAGAACAUUCAUUGUUUACUGUAGAAGUUAUAAAAAAAAUGCUGGUGAUGCAUCCCUCUUUUUUUUUUUUUAAUUGUCAGCCAAGUGAUUUAAGUAAACAAGUUAUUACAACUUUUAAAGAAAGCAAGAAAUUUCUAAUGUUUUAACAUGGAAAAAAUUACAUCUCUUUGAUCUUUAGCACGCUUAUCAAAUUUGAAUGAAUGUCGCUUUAAGGACAGUUGUAGCGCUUCUGAUUAUUGGAGGAGUGGUUGUGGAACUGUGCAAGAAUCUGUAGUGGGUGGAGUCAUUAACAGAACAUUUAAAUCUCUUGAGUAUUUUACCAUGGUUCAUUAUUAUUAAAGCACAAAUUAACCUAUUGUUAGAAAAUAUGCCACGUGUUUUUAUUAACGAAUGUAAAAUAAUUUAAAUGUAUUGUGAAAUGGAGGUUUAAGAAAAUGUAGACUUAAAAAAGUAAUAUAAGAGAUAUCUUAAAACAGCCAUAUCAUGAAAAAUAUUACUAGCUAUAUAUUACAAGCUACAUUUACCCUGAAUUUGAACACUAAACAUCAUUAGCUUUACAUAUUUAGCAUAUUUUAAAUAUCAGGGAUUUUGUUCCUUGAAUAUCUUUCACUUUUAAACUUUCAUUUGUAUGGCAUUUAUUUUUGAAAGUGUCUUUUUUAUUAAAAUCUUUGAAACUUGCCUGCCAUUGUUUGCCUUUGCUUACAUUUGAAUUGUACAAUCAGUCUACUGAGAAGUGAGCACAAGUUCUCAUCAUUAGCUAAAAAUAGGAAAGAGCUCAGUGGUGGUAUAAUGAUCACUCAGAUCAUCAUUUUGGGUAUAUAGUUUUUGCUUAGUUCUAACAAAGAAUAUCAGUUACCUUUUAAAACUAAAUUCAAGACCAGUGGUCUUCCUCAUAGAUUAAGCAUUAAUUUAAGGACCUCCUUGGAGUGAGAGAGGAGGCCUAGUGGCAAAGUGGCUAAAGCACUUGGAUACUAACCAGAAGGUUGGUGGUUAGAACCCACCGCUGUUCUGUGGGAGAAAGAUGUGGCAGUCUGCUUCUGUAAAGAUUUACAGCCUUGGAAACCCUACCGGGCAGUCCUGUAGGGUCACUAUAAGAAUUGACUCCGGGCAGUCCUGUGGGGUCACUAUAAGAAUUGACUCAACACCAUUGGGUUUGGUUUUGGAUUGGAGUGAGGGAAAUAGUAACCUUUUGGGGACUUAGGAUCCCCACCUCUUGAAGUCCUGGAUGCUUCCAGACAUAGUUGAAAACCAUAUUCAGCAUGGAUUUUGGGUAUUAGUAAUUGCCACAUACAAAAAAAUCAGUGAUACAGGUUGUGAGGGCAACUUUUCUCCCACUCCAUCCCUCCUACACUAUCUCAAUAGCAUAUAAUUCCUGAAGUAUGAGUUUUGCACAUAUGCCUAUGUCAACCAUAUGUAGUAAUUCCAUUUUGACUUUACUUUCCCCCAUGAAUUUUGAUAGUGGAAAUUAAUAUUGAGUCUAUAAAUCAACUACUCACCUAAAGACCAAAAGGAUUAGGUGAUAAACAAACACAGAGCAUGAGGGCAACCCUGAGUUAAUAUUCAAAUGAAUUAUCUUUUAAAAUUAAUGAAUGAUAAAAAUUAUGCCAUAUCAUAGUUGUACAUUUCUCUUGUCACAAUAAUCUAUUUUCACAUGGUUCAUUCAUUUGAUGUUUAGCAGGAUUUCAUUCUCACAAUUGUAUAUUUUUGAGAUAGAUUGGGGAAUUAAUUUUCCUCGUGGAUUAAAAGAGAUUCUUGCUAAUGAAGCUGUUUAUAUCAUGGCUUUUUGUCAGUCUGAACUGAACUCUUUUCCUCUUGGAUUAUAAAAAUAGAUUAAAAGUGAUGAACCUGCUUAUGCCAUGACUAUUUAUUGAUAGUCAAUGUGAACUUGAUGCUUUCAAAUUUGAGCUCUGCAGUAGAAUCAUCGGUCCUGUGACUCAUUCUUGUUAGAAUGAGCCAUGGAAACUAUGAUUAAUGCUUUAGCCGUGGUCAUAUAAAUAGAGCUGGAUUUGGUCUGUUAAGAUACAAAGGAGUACUGCUUUUUUUUUUUUUAAUUUAUUAUUAAUAUAAUCAAACAGCAAUCAAAAUCUGAAUAUGAAAAAAAUCCAUAGUUCUAUCACUUGUUAGCUGUAAAGUAAGACUUUCAAAAAAGUAUCUUUAAAGCAAAGCAGAGGUUUAACACAAUGUAAUAGUCCUAAAAUGUAAUGCAGCUUAUUUGUGAGAGUUCUUAUCUUUAUAAUAUUUCUCACUUACUGUUCUGACUGUUGUUACUGUACAAAUAAGGCAUCAGGAACAGGUUUAUCUAAUUUUCCUUAUAAAAAUGCCAUGUAUAGAUGAACUAGUUAUUUCUACUCUUUUUCUUUUGUAUUGAGUAAUGUCCGCAAAGUGUUCUUAGACUGUAAUUAAUAUGCUUUCUCCAGUUUUUUUUUUUUUUUCCAGUAGUGGCAAUAACAGAAUUUAUGGACAGCUGAUGUUUUUGCUUGUAGAAAUAAUUUGUAAUUCAGUAGUGUCUUGGUGAUAGUCUAAUAGAUGUUAUGUCACUUAUUUGUAUUAUGUUACAUUUAAAGUUUUGCUUCCAUUAGCUUUUUGUAUAUAAGAAUGUAGUUUUCAAUUGUAAGUAAAUUGAACUAGUAGGAAGAAGGAAAGUUAACCUAAAAGUAUUAAACAUUGGGGCAUUUUGUAUAAUAAGAUACAUUUUUUAAAAACGUUUUUUUAGCAUUCUCUUAGGUCCUAUAGUGGUAGUGGGAAUGGUGUGCCUUUCUUACCUCAUGAAGGAGUUGCUAUUAUUAUAUAAUACUGGCACAUGUAUAAGGUGUGAAGUAUGCUUUCCAUAUGCAGUUUACUUGAUAGGAAAAGCUGUGUUAAGAUCUCGUUAGUGCUGACGAUAUAUUUGCACACUCAAACACUAUGAUUUGUAUAUGAAAUAUUUUAAAUUCUUACUAUACAUAUUGUGGGGAACAAGUGUGACACCAGUUAUUUUGGCAGUCCUGUGACCACUCACACAUUUGGUGUGCCAGUAGAGGGACUCUCAGGGCUCAGCAUAUGGUAGCAGUCAUGGCGAAAAUUUAUUACAGUGACGUGGCAAGGAUACACAGCCAGAUCAGUGAGCGGAAAAGAGACAGGCAGAGUCUGGAGGAAUCUAUAUGCAGGCAUCCUCUGCUCUCUCUGAAGGGGAAACAACAAGAACUCUCCGUCCAGCAAUGAAAUAUGCUGUGAGGGGGCAAAAAAUUUUUUUUUCCAUUUGGAUUUGGUGGCUACAGCAUCAUUUAUUGAAAAGGCUAUUCUUUCUUUCACUGUGCUGCGCUGUCACCUUUGCCAUAAAUCAGAUGGUCCAUAUACAUGUGGGUAUGUUUCUGGACUACAUCUGCAGAAAGAGAUGAUGGAGAAGUUCAAUAUCAGUCAAAGCAAGGACAGGGACUGACUGGAACAGGCUAUCAGUUUCUCAUGUGCAAGUUCAAGUUGAAGCUGAAGAAAAUUAAGAGUAAGUGCACGAGAGCAAAAAUUCAACCUUGAAAAUACCCCACCUGAAUUGAGACCAUCUCAACAAUAGACUUGACACGCUGAACACUAAUGAAUGAAGACCAGACAAGUGGUGGGAUGACAUCAAGGACAUUAUACAUGAAGAAAGGAAAAGGUCAUUAAAGAGACAGGAAAGAAAAGACCCAAAUGUAUGUCAGAAGUGAAAGUUGCUCUUGAAUGUAGAGUAGCUAAAGCCAAAGGAAGAAAUGAAGUGAAAGAGCUCAACAGAAGAUUUCAAAGGGCAGCUUAAGAAGAAAAAGUAUUUUAAUGAAAUGUGCAAACAUCUGGAAUUAGAAAACCAAAGGCAAAGAACAUGAUUGGCAUUUCUGAAGCUGAAAGAACUGAAGAUAAAAUUCAAGCCUCGAGUUAAAAGAUUCUAUGGGCAAGAUAUUGAACAACACAGGAAAUAUCAAGGGAAGAUGGAAGGAAUACACAGUCAGUGUACCAAAAAGAAUUUGUUGACAUUCAACCAUUUCAGGAGGUAGUGUGUGAUCAAGAGCCAAUGAUAUUGAGGUGGAACCAAGAUGGUAGAAUAGACAGAUGCUUCCGGCAAGCCCUCUUUACAACAAAGACCUGAAACAAGGGAAACGAGUAUAUUCAUGACAAGCUAGGAGCCCUGAGCAUCAAAGGCAAGCUUAGAAAACGAACACAGGGCAGGAGGAGGAAGAGAUGGUUCAGAAGUGGAGAGGAGUUACCGGACCUGAAUCAAGGGGAGCCCUCAGGCACCAUUCCCAGGGCCGCAGCGGCGGGCUGGUAUUAGCCUUUGGCCGCAGUUUCCUCAGGGAGAAGCAGCCAGCCACACAGCCUACUCACACCUCCGGAACCAAAGAAUAACGGCACUCUCGGCAAAAGCUAAGUACUUGAGUAUAUUUUAUCGUGCUCCCCCCACCCCAAGCUGGCUACAGUGGCUGAAUUCCCUGAGCCUGAGAUAGGCACUGUUGAGUGCCUAGAGCCAUCCUCCCGGCCUUGGAGAAGGAAGAUAUUUGCAUUUGGGGGAAAAGAUAAUUUGCCAGCUCCACUAACUGGGGGAGCUCGGGACAGAAGCGGCUCCUGUCCAGUCAUAAAUGGUCUGUGGACUUUGAGCACCUUUCCCCUCUGCAUGGACCUGUGUGGGCCUAUUUCAGAAGAAUUGUUGGCAGACUCCCAACUGUUUCAGCUGUGCCAUGGAGAAGUGGGUGUUUGAUGUUUGACAUUGCUUUGCCUAUUAAACAGGGUCCACACCUACCCACAUCAGGUGCCUAAGGACUGGUAGCUCCACUCAGGACACCCAUCCACCUGCGACAGGGGUCCAAGGAUAACUGAUACCUCCCAGUCCUUCCAACCAAAAACAUUGGGUGCCCAUGAUCUGUCUGCAGAGCCCACCCACCUGUACGCUCUAGGGAACAGGGACACACUUUCCUCAGAGACACGUAGGGGAUGAUUCUCAGCCCCCUGCCUUGUUCAGAGCGUGACUCCCUGCUGCAACCAGAUACCGGUACCUACACCAAUCACUCCGCCCCUCUAAGCCUGUAGGACAGAGCCUGUACCACACACUUGAUGAUCAGCUACCUGGACACCUGAGCUGAAUUCAUACAAGAAAAGUGAAUGGACUCCUAGACUGAUAUACUUGAUAACACCUCUCUCCAUCUGGGGACAGGGCAUCAGAGCUCCAAAGGCGAAAAUAAGCUAGCUCACUUGAGCAACCCAUUUGGGCAUAUCAAAACCAAACAAAGCAAGAAGCUAUGACACAGUAAGCAAACAUAAACUAAUAUAAUAACUUAUAGAUGGCUCAGAGACAACAGUCAAUAUCAAGUCACAUAAAGAAACAGACCAUGAUCACCCCAACAAGCUCUCAAAACAAAGACUCCAGGGAUCUUCUAGAUGAAAGUGCAUUCCUGGAAUUACCAGAGGCAGAAUACAAAGUUUAAUAUACAGAACCCUUCAAGACAUCAGGAAGGAAAUGUGGCGAUAUGCAGAACAAGUCAAGGAACACACAGGUAAAGCAAUUGAAGAAAUUAGAAAAAUUAUUUAGGAACAUAAUGAAAAAUUUAAUAAGCUGGAAAAAUCCAUAGAGAGCAAUCAGAAAUUCAGAAGAUUAACAAAAUUACAGAGGUAGACAACUCAAUAGAAAGAGCAGCAGAAUUGAGCAAGUAGAAGCUAGAAUUUCUGAACUUAAAGGUAAAUCAAUUGGUACUAAUAUAUUUGAAGAAAAAUCAGAUAAAAGAAUUUUAAAAAAUGAAGAAGACUUAAGAAUCAUGUGGGACUCUAUCAAGAGAAAUAACCUAUGAGUGACUGGAGUACCAGAACAGGGAGUGAUAACAGAAAAUAAAGAGAAAAUUGUUGAAGAUUUGUUGGCAGAAAACUUCCCUGAUAUUGUGAAAGAUGAGAAGAUAUCUAUCCAAGAUGCUCAUCAAACUCCACAUAUGAUGUUAAAUGAAAGUCACCAAGACAUAUUAUAAUCAAACUUGCCAAAACCAAAGAUAAAGAAUUUUAAGAGCAGUGAGGGAUAAAUGAAAAGUCACCUACAAAGGAGAGCCAAUAAGAAUAAGCUCAGACUACUCAGCAGAAACCAUACAGGCAAGAAGGCAAUGGGAUGACAUAUUUAAAAAAUUGAAGGAAAAAAAUUGCCAGCCAAGAAUCAUAUAUCCAGCAAAACUGACUAAAAUAUAAAGCUGAAACUGAGACAUUUCCAGAUAAACAGAAAUUUAGGGAAUUCAUAAAAAGCAAGCCAAAACUACAAGAAAUACUAAAGGGAGUUCCUUAGUUAGAAAAUCAAUAAUACCAUGUAUCAACCCAAGACUAGAACACUGGGCAGAGCAACCAGAAGUCAAUCCAGAUAGGGAAAUCACAAAAACAAAGCAAGAUUUAAAAAAAAAAAAGCUCAAAACAGGGCAACAGCAAUGUUAUCAUAUAAAAGACGACAA